UAAAUCAAGCAGACUUUUUUUUUUUCUUCACAAAAUUGAAGAAAAGUUUAUUCAUGUAACCGUUUUUAAGUUCACAUUUUACUCUCUGAUUAAACUUGGGAGAGAAUUGAAAACAAAAAACAAAAAUCAAUGAAUCAAAGGCAAUCAAUAAUUAAGGUUUUGAAAUUGAAAAACCAACCAAUCCUAUAUUCCUAUGUAUCACUGAGCAUUCAAUUUAUCUUUCAUACUUAUUCUAUAACUUUAAUUAUUUUACAAUCGAGUAGAAGUUUGUAAGGAUAUACAAGGCAGAGGCAGAGGUUUGGCUACGAAGUGGAAGGGCUACCGUGGUCGGAGGUGUAUAUUUCGUCAGUGUACUACUGCGAUCAGUGACUGUAACUGCGUCACCGCCUGACGUGGAGUCCUACCUGGUGGCCGCCGAUAAUCCUUCUCCCACUGUGCGGCGGCUGCGCUUCCGGUUUGAAAUACGACCAAGAUGGACACAUAUACUCACAUCCUCUCUUCUAUACACACCAUUAAGACCAAGGUUAAUGAUUUUCUUUUACUGUAAUUUUCUUCUUCUUCUUCUUCUUCAAAACGUGCAAUGAGAAUUAGACUCUGUUGAUGGGUGUUAUAUACUCAUUUGGCUUUCACUUAUUUGCUUUUGCUCCCUUUGUGGUUUCUACUGCUGACAGGUUUUUAGCUUUGUGGUCUCUCCCUCUUUAUUAGUUUUUUGUUAAGAGUUCUAUGUAUCGAUAUAUACCCCUUCAGCAUAUUUUUCAUUUUAUUUUAUAAAAACCCUAACUUGCAUCUGGUGGCUGAGAAAUUGUAGGAAAAUCAAAGUUUCUGAUUUGAUUUUUAUUUUACUCUUCUUUGUUUUGGCAUUUUUAAGUUUUGAGUAUUUCUUUUUUCUUUUCGGAUUUGGGAUUUGGUUGUCAACAUUUUUUAAAGGAGGUAUACUUUUCAAACAUUAGUUUAAAGAAUAGGGUUGAAUUGAUUUGUAAAAUCCAUGUCAGCAAGAAUUUGGAACUCAAAUUUGUCACCAUUGGGUUUCAGUGACGAUGAUCUUUUAGUAUGGAGGGCAUACAUUGAUAGGUUCCUAGGCAUUUCUUUGAGACUUGAGAUCUUUAUAUUAGAGUUCUGCUUUCCAAUUUUAGUGUGUGUCUUUUGAUUCUUUUUGGCUUCCCUUAAUUUUGAUUUAAUAAUUGUUUAAUUAACCCUUUGUUAUACAAAUGUAUUCUGGUGGUUUGGCUUUGACUACAUUCUUCACAUUUUGUGACUUAAUGUGUAAUUUUUAAGGGUUUAUUUUAUUUUAUUUUUUUAGCAUCAUUUAUGAGAAAUUCCAUAUGCAGAAGAAAAGUAGUAGAUAAAUAGUCUCAAUUCACCUGUAAGAACAAAAAUAGUUGUUUGAGUAUUUGAUGUUCAGGCAUCAUGGAGGUAGACGAGGAAAUUUUUGUCUCAACCUCCCUUGACGAGCCUGUGGUUGCAAUGACUAAUGGGCAGAAUGUGGUUUCUGCAACUGAUCGAAUUCCACCACUACCAGUUCAACCUGUCAUUCCACCACUAAUCCCACCUGCAACUGUGCCUCCUAUUGCCCCAAUUCCCUGAGCAUUGGCACCUCUCCCUGCCUGUCCACCUGUCCUUAGGCCACACCGGCCACAAAAUGGUGAGACUGGGGGUGGUGAUUCAGAUUCUGACCACGACGACUCGGGCCUUAAUAAGACUGCUGCAGAUUCAGCUGCAGAAUAUGAGAUUUCAGAAGAGAGCAGACUGGUCAAGGAGCAGCAUGAGAAAGCUAUGCAAGAACUUCUGAUGAAGAGACGUGCUGCUGCUCUUGCGGUGCCUACUAAUGACAUGGCUGUGCGGGUUCGUCUCCGAAGGCUUGGCGAACCCGUAACUCUUUUUGGAGAAAGGGAGAUGGAAAGACGGGACCGUUUGCGAAUGCUUAUGGCAAAGCUGGAUGCUGAAGGGCAAUUGGAGACGCUCAUGAAAGCUCACGAAGAGGAGGAAGCUGCAGCUUCUGCAACAACAACAGAAGGAGCUGAUGACGAAAUGGUUCAGUAUCCAUUUUAUACUGAAGGCUCAAAAGCUCUUUUAGAAGCUCGAUUGGACAUUGCUAAAUAUUCUAUUUUGAGGGCAGCUUUACGUCUACAGCGUGCUAGGAGGAAAAGGGAUGAUCCAGAUGAAGACGUGGAUGCAGAGAUUGAUUGGACUUUGAAGCAGGCUGGAAGCUUGGUCCUUGAUUGCAGUGAAAUUGGAGAUGAUCGGCCACUUUCAGGAUGUACCUUUUCACAUGAUGGAAAGAUGCUUGCCACGUGUGCUUUAAAUGGAGUUGCCAAAUUAUGGAGCAUGCCUCAAGUAAAAAAGGUUUCUGCUUUAAAGGGACACACAGAACGUGCAACUGAUGUUGCAUUUUCUCCUACAGACAACUAUAUAGCAACUGCAUCUGCUGAUCGCACUGCAAAGUUAUGGAACACAGAUGGGUCUCUCAUAAAGACGUUUGAGGGGCAUUUGGAUCGUCUAGCUCGUAUUGCCUUCCAUCCAUCAGGGAAGUACUUUGGCACUACCAGCUUUGACAAGACUUGGAGAUUAUGGGAUAUCGAUACUGGUGUAGAGUUGCUUCUCCAAGAAGGUCACAGUAGAAGUGUAUAUGGGUUAUCCUUUCAUCAUGAUGGAUCUUUAGCAGCAUCCUGUGGAUUGGAUGCACUUGCUCGAGUAUGGGAUCUUCGGUCUGGGAGAAGUAUUCUUGCCUUUGAAGGGCAUGUCUAGCCGGUUCUUGGUAUUAGUUUUUCUCCCAAUGGCUAUCACUUGGCUACUGGUGGUGAAGACAAUACUUGUCGAAUUUGGGAUUUAAGGAAGAGGAAAUCCUUGUACACCAUACCUGCUCACUCAAAUCUUAUUUCUCAAGUCAAAUUUGAGCCUCAAGAUGGGUAUUUUCUGGUCACUGCUUCAUAUGAUAUGUCUGCUAAGGUAUGGUCAUCCAGAGAUUUUAAGCCUGUCAAGACGCUAUCUGGUUAUGAAGCAAAAGUUACAUCAUUGGAUGUGGUAGGAGAUGGACAGUACAUUGCAACUGUUUCACAUGAUCGGACUAUCAAGCUAUGGUCAAGCAGAAACAAUGGAAAGGAGAAGGCUAUGGAUAUUGACUAAAAUGCCUUUUGAAUUCCUCUUUCCGUCAGUGAGAAGACAUAAUUGUGGUGGCUUAUAUCUUUUACUAGUUUUAUUUAGAGCCCAAAACAUACAGAAUGCUCAUUGGAAUUUCCAUGUCUCAAAUGCCGAUGUUCGCCGUCCAAGAUUAACCUUUGCUGUUGAGCAUCUUUCAGCAAUAGUGGCGCACUUGGCCUCCACAAUGACAAUGGUUGUGUGAUCCAUCAUCAUCCAUGCAAGGAAAAAAAUUGCAUCUUGAGAGAUGAUAGUAUGCGAUUUGCUUUUCCUAUAACUAUGUACCCGAGUCAACGAUGGACAUAAUGUUUGUAUCUGCAGAGAUCAUUUUGACCGUCUCAUAAUUUGAUUUUUCUCAUAUGAAGGUUCAUUCGUUGAUUGAAGAUUUUCAGCUA